ACCACUCGACCUUCAUAUUAGAGUAAGUCAUUUUAUUUUACUUUAAAAAUCAAUGAAUAUGUUAAUUUCUAUUAUUAUUGUCAUUAUUGUUUUUAGGCAUUUACAAAAUUAGAUCAGCUGGAGAUUCAAUUGGCAACGACCGAACAUCCUCCACACUCUCCACAACUAGCUAGGUUCCACGCCCAAACUUCGGCAACACUCACGGAAGUAACUUCUAGUCCGCUGGCAGAGGGUUAUGCCCUCCUUGAUGUCACGGGAAGAGGAGCGCCUGGUGCAGAGGGAGUGAAGCGAACCGUCGAAGAGUUAGAAAACCGGAAGAUACGUCUUCUUGAGCGGUGUACCGCGCAUAAAGAAGAAAACCUGAGGAUCUCAAAAGGCCUGGCGAUUUUCUUCGAAAAAUACGAAGAGUUAAGAUCAUGGCUGACGGGUAUUGCCGAUGCAUUUCUUCGCGGCCACCAGGACAUGGGAAGUGAUUUGCCGAUGGCUCAGGACUUUUAUAAGAUGCACUGCCAAUUGUUAGAGGACUUGGGGAAGCGCGGGGAUGAAAUUGACGAAGCACUGUCAGUUUUAUCGGGAACAAUUAUGGAAAUAACUGAUGAGAGACAGCGAAUUGCUCAGAAGAAACACAUUGAAGAUCGUGUUGAUGCUCUGAGAGACUCUUGGUUAGAUUGCCGGCAUACUGUUGAAGCAAGACUUCAUCUCAGUGCUUUGUAUGUCGAUUUUCAUGAAGCAGCUGUUGCUCUGGGGAAAGAACUCGAUGAAGUUGAGAGUGAAUUCAAGAAACAUUCGGAUAAUGCUGAAGAGGGAAGAAUAGAUGAUUUAGAAAAACGGUGGAAUGAAUUGCGGCCGCUUUAUAUGAGACUGACUAGUGCUGGAUCUGCAUUUUUAGCUGAAGCUGAUAGGUGCACUGAUGCGUACUUGGACAUCCUGCGUGCACGGUUGUGCGUAGAAACGACCUUGGAACGCUUCGCUAACAGGCAACUAACCGUGACUGAAUCAUGGGAGAACUGGCAGACUUCUGUUGUUACAACAAGGGAGCGGAGAAUUGAACAAGAGAGACGAUUUGAAGAAACUACUAAAACAUUAGCAUGGGCAACCAAGUUUGGUGAACAGCUUUACCCUAUCAUCACUUCUGAGUCUAUUAAACCUUCUGUUAUUCUUCAAGACCUUGAAAGUACGCAAUUGGGUAUUCUUCCGGAGUUAAAGAAGGCUGUUACUGAGUUAGAUGCCAGAAUCAAGAGCGUUGAGAGCUUCACUAAUGGAGAUGAUAAUGUAAGCGAACGAAUAAAAGAAAAAUUAUCAAAAGUUUACGAGCAUCUUCGAACGACUGCGACAGAUUAUCAAAAUCUUCUUGAAUCAUUAAUUUCUAUUUUUGAUGAUCUAGUUCAGAUUGAAAAUAAAACGGAGGAAGUAAAUGAGAUUCGUAAAAAUUUAGAGCAAUCAUCUGGAUUUCUUACAGAAUCUGGACGAGAUGAAGUACGAAUGAAAGCGGAAACAAUAAAUAAAAUACGCGACGCGAUAACAGAAGUACUUAAAAAUGUUGAGCCGGCGAUUGAUCAAGUUAUAUCGAGAAUCCGAACCCAAGAGCCCGCAGAAGCUGCAGUGCAAGAAACAGAAAAAUUAAAUCUAGUUUUUAAUAUUACUUCUGCUAACUGGGAGAACGCUUGUAUGGAAGCCAAGUUUAAGUUUGAUAAACGUUUGCUGUUUUGUAAUUUUGCUGAUGAUUUGGAUCGUAUUGAUGCUGAUCUUAUGCAUUUAAGUGAUCAAUUAGCUGGCAGUGCUGAGUCAGGGCAUCGUUUUACUGGCGACUCAUUGCCAGCCGCUGAAGCUGCUUCUUCAGCAUUUUUGCAUUUCGAAAAAACUGUUACGAUUUUAGAAGAAAGAAUAAAAGUAUUUAUAAAAUCAACGGAGAAUAAUUUUGAACUAACAACACCAGAAUCUGCACCGAUGAUAAAUCGUGAGCUUUUAAAACUUCAAGAGCGUUGGGAUGAAUUAAAACGAUUGUCCGAAUCGACUCGAGAACGAAUAAAUUCUAGCAUUGAGUACUUCAGACUUCUAGAGGAGGCUAAAAAUUGGUACCGAGACGGAAAUAAGUUGAUGAUUGUAAUAGCUAGAAAAUCAUCAUCAGCAAAGACCCCAGAAGAAGUGCAGGAAUGCCUGACAGGGAUCGAAGGCUACUUAAAGCCGGGUGAAGAACUUCAAGAACAGCGUAUUGAGAAAAUCCGUGAUUUAUCCACGAGAAUCUUCGGUACUGAUCGGCUGCCGCAGUUCAACGAAGUGGUUGUAGAAAAUCGCGAAACCCUCGACUCGUUUGCAGUGAUAACAUCUGAAUUACGUACAUUAGCGCAGAACUUGAAAAACUCCGCGGAUAUUUUCGAAGAGAAAAAACGCGAGAAAGAAGAGGAAUUACGGAAAUUAAAUGCUGCUAGAGCAGAAGCUCAGGCUGCUUACGAGGCUGAAAUUGAGCGUAAAAAAGUAGAGACUAUGAUGGAGGAGAAGAAGAAACAAGAACAUGCGUUAAAAAGUUCUGUAUUUGCACAAACGGAAGAGGAGCAAAAGGUAGUGGAAGAAACCGUAACAUCAGCUGUAACUACUAAAGAAAUAAUUAUUCUACAAAAGACAGAAGUUGAGGAAGAUUUACCGGUUCUCAUGCCGUAUGUUUACAAUCCAUCUGAAGAAUCCACUAAAGAUAUAAAAAAAGAUACUCAAGAACUUGUUUUACCCGAGCCACCUAAGUUUAUUGUCCCGCUGAAUGACUCGACUAUUGAGGAAGGCAAUAGAUUCAUCUUUCAAUGUAAACUAGAGCACGGAAAACCCAAGCCCGAAAUUAUAUGGUAUAAAGACGGAAUCUCGAUACUUAAUAAUCCGGAUUACUUAACCAGUUAUGAUGAAGAAACCGGUCAAUGUAUAUUGACUAUCGAGGAAACUUUUGCUGAGGAUUCUGCUAGGUUUAUGUGCAAAGCUUUUAAUACCGCGGGAUUCGCUGAAACUGGAGCUAUUCUUAAGAUUAAAGAAACAGCACCGGAGCAACAACUAAGUCCUCCUACCUUCAUAAAAGAGUUGCUGGGAUCAGUUGCCAAGAAAGGAUCUCCUCAUUUCUUGUCGUGUAGAGUGACCGGUAAUCCUCUUCCAACAGUCCAGUGGUUCAAAGAUAACAUCAAUAUAGAAGAUUCUUCUCCCGAUUACGCGAUAACUUACAACAACGGCGAGGCUCUAUUGAAGUUCAUUGAAGUAUUACCAGAUGACAGCGGUGUUUACACGUGUAAAGCAACUAAUAAACUAGGACAAGCGUCUACUUCAGCAAACUUACUAGUCGAAGCCGAAAUAGAUGAAAAGAAAACAGUGGAAGUUAUUCAGUCGAACGGAAUAUCCAGUUCUACUCCAGAAUUACUAGAAGAAAGUAAUAAAAUUAUUUCCAAGGUCAGUUUUAUUAAGGAGCAGAAAAUUAUUCAAGAGUCACGAAUAAUAAAAAUUGAAAGCCACACUGAAGAGAUGGGAGGGAGUGUUAGUCACAUUAUACCUGACGCUUCUGCUCAGGAAAUAACAACCUCCGUUAAUCAGGAAGAAAUAGUUGUUCCUGUUAAGGUUCAAACCGGUGUAGUUAAGAGUCCGGAGAUGCCGGAACUUUUUGAAGUGCCGGAGCUGAUUAAACCCAGUGUACAAUUACCGCUUAAAGACGUACAAGUGUUCGAGGGAAAUACUGUGAGACUAGACUGCGUUAUUAUCGGUCAACCUGAACCUGAAGUAAUUUGGUACCACGACGAGCAACCGGUUAAAGAGUCUGCUGAUUUCCAAUUGCUAUUUCAAGGUGACAGAUGCUCUCUAAUUAUUCAUGAAGCUUUUCUCGAUGACGCUGGCAAAUACAAAGUUGUUGCUAUUAACAGUCAAGGUGAAAUUUCAAGCGAGUGUGUUUUAUCAGUUAUUCCGUCUUCGGAAGCUGCCAAACAGUCAACAGUAAGUACUGCGCCCCAGUUCGUAAAAUUAAUAGCCGACGUUUUGGUAUCUGAAGGUGAAGAUGCCGUUUUUGAGUGUCAAGUAACCGGAGAACCCAAGCCCGAUUUGCGUUGGUACUUCAACAAUGAAGAGAUAGUAUUUGUACACGAAAGAAUAACAAUGACACACGAUAAAACGGGUAAUUGUACGCUGAAAAUAUGCUCGACUACUGCUGAAGAUAAAGGAAAUUACGUGGCCAAAGCCAUAAAUUUGAUUGGUGAGGCCAAAGCGAUAGCCAGGCUGGUAGUCAAGCCAGCCAGCAAUGAAUCUUUCAAACGAGAAGAAUUGAUACCUAUGGAGGAAAAAUUACUAGCUCCUUCCUUUGAAGAAAGUUUUGAAGACAAGCGCGUUGUUCUUCAAGGAGUGUCUACUAAAUUUGAGUGCAUUGUUCACGGGAAGCCCACUCCCAAGAUCCAAUGGAUGUUCAACGAGAAACCUGUGCACGGUAAAAGUUUUUUAGUGUCUGUUAGUGGUGACAGACAAGUUCUAACGAUACCGGAAACAAAUCAAGAGCACGUGGGCUUUAUAUCAUGUGUUGCUGAGAAUACUAAGGGCAAAGCAACUUGUACUACGCAACUUGACGUUAAAGGAGGAGGAGGAGGAGGUGAGGAGACAAAAGCUACUGCGGCCAAGGGGGUGGAGGACGCUAAAGAUUAUUUUUCACCUCUUGGGGACGAUAUGCAGGCUUCAAACAGUAGCGAGUCACACUUGAUCACCGAAAGAAAGACUUUACCCAGUGACCAAGUGGAUGAGAGUGUUCUCACUAAAAUGUCAUCUUCUUAUACUUCGUCGUCAACGACCCAGUCUAGUUGCACUAAAGAAUUUAAAUCUUCUACUACGUCGUCUAGUGUUAUAACUGAGCCGCAAUUUAGACCAGCUCCUGGCAAUGUUGUUACUAAAACUCAUGUUGAAAGCAGAGAAUACAGUUCUCAGGAGAAUGGAGGUCCGCCAGUUGUUCAGAGCCACAAAGUGGAAGAGUACGAAAAAAUAGUUCAAGACAGCCCGGGUCAACUGAGACAAGAAAAAACUAAAAUAGUAACAGAGGGUAAUGUUGCACUGAAGAUGCAAAAACCAGCGAGGAAAAAUGUCGCUCCUAGAUUCGUCUCACCGCUCACGGGAAUGAUUGUCGAUCAGGGCCAUGACGUUGUCCUUGAAGGAGUUAUUGAUGGUUUUCCGACACCUGUAAUCACUUGGAUGAAAAACGGCCAAGAUGUUAAAGACGGAGUGAAGACAACAUUUGAACACAAUCAUGUGCGCCUUGAAUUGAAAAAUGUCAAUGUUAGAGAUGCGGGUAGAUAUACUUGUACUGCUGUCAAUGAUAUUGGAAACGCUAGCAGUACAGCGGAUUUAGUUGUAAAAAAAACUAUCUUCCCCCCGGUCUUUGGUAAACGUCUUCAAGCUCAAGUAGUGAAGAAAGGAGAACGUGUUAUUAUGGAAGUUGAGAUAACUGGAACACCUGAACCAACAGUAACUUGGUACAAGGAUGAUGAACCUUUGAUAGAUGUUGAUGGCCAACUGAAACAAAUUGGAAAUUGUUAUUUAUUAAUUAUUGAUGCAGCCGAAAAACGUCAUGCUGGUAAAUACAUGGUUCAUGCAUCAAAUGCUGGUGGUGAAGGACAAAGUAUAGCUGAUUUUGCAGUAUUCGAACCAACUCCAGAUACAAUGGUAGAAGUUCAUAAAACAAUCGUUUAUGAAAACGUAGCUGACAAAAAUUUAAAGUUGGAAGAAAAGAAGAGCGAGCUACCAUCAGCAGCCUUAACAGCCGAGCACAUAGCUACCACGACAAUCCAACCAAGUUCAACCUUAAAAACCCUCAACCCUACACCUAGCUCAACAUCAUCCAAAAUCCGUAAAAUCGAGCUUAUAGGCCCUAAAAGUAACCAACACACCGAAGAAAUCGUAGAAAAAGCAACGCGAUCCGAAAUGAUAUCCUCGACAAUAGAGUCUCACCAAAGUGAGACGAAGUCCGAGCAGAAAUUCCACAUGAAACUCCAGCACCAAGCACCCUCUUUAUUCGAGGGUGACUCCAGUACUCCAGCCGCUCCCACAGUGACAACCACCACCACCAAAAUCAGCACUCAUGAGACUCAAAAAGGCGGAGAGCCCGUUACAACUCGUACAACUGAGUUUGUAGAGUCUAAAACGCUCGAAAAAGAAGCCGAAGAAAACGAAAAUGUCGAGACGGCUACCAUAGCAAAGAAAGAUGCAUUAAGUUUCUUCGAAUCUAUGUCAAAGGACAGCGAGAUGACUCCAAAAGGUCCCAAAGCGAUGAUUAAACUUACCGAAGAAGACAAGGAAGGGAAUUACGAUGUAAAGGUCGAUAAAUUAACGAAAAAUUAUGAACGUUCGACUAAAUUUGAGGAAGUUAAAAAACCAAUUCCAGAAACUUUAACUCCAGCGAAGAAAUCUGUUCAAGAUAUCUCUCACAAAUUUGAAGCUCCAAUAAUAACCAAAGGUGUUGACAAUGUGAUGAUUGAUUUCCCCUACGACGAUUACAAACUACCGGCUCUAAAUAUCCAACGAGCCGUUCUUGAAGACACAACAGCCUCCGGGUCUCCUAUUCACGGCACGCUAACUAUUUCCCGGCUUGUCGCGCAGUCUGAAAGCGCCGAAAAAAUGUUAUCAGGAUUUAAUCUAGUGCCCGAGCCACCGCCAGAAAUUGGCUACAUGCCAAAGCCGGAUGAAGAAGUUAAAAAAGGAAUUGAUGUGUCGUCCAAAGCAAAACAACUCCAGGAAUUUCAGAAGAAAUCCGUAGAUGCUCCUAUUGGUGGCGUUAAAAUUUUCCCAACUGCUAAUGCUCCUCAAAAAACUCCUCAAAUUCCCGAAACUAAACCCAAGACUACUUACAUUGCUCCGCCGUUUGAUCUAUCCGAGAAAGAAUUCUGUAAAAAAGAAGUAGUUGAAGAACGUUGUAUCAAAAAGGAUGUUCAUAAAAAAGAAGACCAAGAAAAGUGGUGGUCCUCAACCUCAGAUCUAGAAACCAGGUCUCAUAUUUCCACAGACUUAUCAGAUUAUAGAUGCCAAUCAGGCGCCUCAAGCCAAUUUGAAGGCCGUCCGAGUUCUCCAAAACCUUCAGCAGAUGGUAUUGCUAUGGAGAAAUACUGGGCCAAGUCAAAAACUACUGAAGCUAAUAGGAAAUCCUGGCCACCUCCAGCAUCAGCUGGUAAUGGUAAUGGUAAGGAGACUACUAAGACUUUUACUAAGAGGGAAGAGUGGAAGGAACCUGAAGUUGGGUACAAAACUUCGACGCAUGAAAAUAGGGAUGAGGUUGAAGAAAUUCCCGGGGGAGGUGUUACGAAAACGCAUAUUGAAUCUACUAGUAGUUUGGAGACUCGCUCAUGGAGUACUAGAGAGAAUCAAAUUUCUCAGACAGUUAUUGAAGAGCCUCCUAAGAAUAUUGUUAAUAAUAUUGUUAAAGCUCCUGCUCCUGCUCCUAAACCUGCACCAGCUCCUGCACCAGUUACAAUGUACAAAGCAGAGACUACAAAAGUAGACCACAUUGUUAAUUCAAUGCAAGAGAAAUCUAUAAUGGAAAAAUACUCUUCCGAGUGUGAGGUCAAAAAAAUGGAGUCUAUGGAGAAAAAUUAUGAAGAAUUAAAAGCUCCUGGAUUGGUUAAGGCUAUUCCUUCAAAACCAGUCGUUCAACUUUACCACUCUCCUGGAGAUAAUAUUAAACCUGAGCCGAUGAAAACUUUCCAGGAGUCGGCUUCAAUGUUUAAAGGAACCUUAGCUACUGCUCCUAAGCGUCCGGUUGUUCAAUUGUAUCACCCAACUAGUGAACCUGAGAUUAUUUUGGAACCGGGUCCGCCUCCUGAAAUUGGCUACGCUCCACCUCCUAAUGAGAAUUAUGAGAGGAAGUUUGAGCGGUUUGAGAAGACUAUUGAGAUGCAUAAAAAAGAAGAUGCUCCGCCAAUUCCGCCGAAAGAUGCGCGGAAAACUCCGCCGCCGCUUCCAGCGAAGAAAACAGAGCCGUUUUCUUGCGGAAACUUUGCUAGAGGGCAGUUUAUUGAAUCGGACUAUGAGUCUGAUUUUGAGUCUUGCAAAAAAUGGCGGCCUUGUGAGAGUGAAAGUGAGGAGAAGAAGUACAGAAGGGUUCAACCACCCACGCCAAGGCAACCUAGGCCUAGAUCUACGGAGCCUGGACCUCCGCCGCCGUCUAGCUUUGAAGUUCCGCCGCCAGAGGUCACUGGGCCGCCUAGGCCUGAUUAUUUGACGGAGAGCUUGAGUUCUUGUAAGAAGAGCAGCACUAUGAUGAGCAGGCAGGAGAGAAGCGCUAAGCAGCAGCAGCAUUAUCAGAAUCAAGGAUUUUCGCAGGAUUCGGGGGUUAAUCUUCCCAAACCGGGAUCUCCGCCGAUUUAUGUCACUCCUGAGCCUCCUAAAUGCAAGAGCAGGGUUUUUCAGCAGGAGAGUGGGUACAUGGCUGAUACUGAUGAACCGUUUUAUCAACGGGAGGCUUGUAGUUUGGUUCAGAAGACUUGUGGAAAGAAUGAGGGGUCUUCUAUGUCUUCUUAUGAGUCUAAACAAUUUAUGGAGAGCAAAAGUUAUGUGAGCUCUUCGAGUAAUCAAAGGAGAGAAGAAAUGAAUUGUGUCUCUUGUCCUGGGCAGACAUCUUCUUGUAACGCGCCAACGCAACAGAGGAUUUAUGAAAAGUCUUAUAUACCUACUGCACCGAAUAACAACUCUAGAUGUUUUAAAAAUGACAAGGAGGAAACGAGUUAUUCCUGGUCACAAAAUCAAAAAAGUUCAGCUACUAGUCCUUCCAAAUUCGCACGCGGCGAAUUUCGAGAAAGUGACUACGAGAGCGACUACGAAGGACGUAUUCCACCUUUAUGGAAACCUCGAAGUGAAUCUGAUUUCGAAGAACAUCAUUCAUAUAAAUCAGUUAAAUCAAAUUUGUCAGGAAAACCGAUGAAACCGCAAGAAGUCGCGGUAUCGCAGUCUUCGUGUCUGGCGAAGAAGAUGGAGUUUGAAAAACUGGAGCGAGAAAACAGUUGCAUUAGAAAGGAGGAUAAAAAAUCACCAUCAAAGCCAAUUCCGAUGCGUCAAAAAUCUGUACUGCUUCCCGGGUCGCCACCAGAGAUUGGUUUUGCUCCACCACGGCCUCAUUCGUUUUACGAGGGCCACUCUGGAGUCCCGUCUUCAUCAUACCACAGCGGGACAGUCGGUACCGAGAUGAAGAAAACAGUACGAAUGGACGAGUCAACAGAGAACACUCGGAGAAUUGUCACCGUUGAACAAACCAGUCGCGUUAUUAAAUUCGGAGACAAUCAACAGAGUCGUCCGUCGGUAUUUAAAGUACCGACCCCCACAAAAUUUGUCCAGGGUCAUUUUCGCGAGUCGGAUUACGAGAGCGACGCGGAUAUUGGAAAGAUAAAAAUAAGACCCAAGUGGGCGCCAGCGGAGAGCGACACUGAUGAUCCGCAUUAUCGUAAAGUUCAGCCGCCUAGAUCAUCCAGUGUCCCUCCACCGCGUGAAUCUGGUGAGAGAGUUGUCACUCCCAUGGAGUUUGAUCGCCCGCCCGCGAUGGCUGGAACUGCCGAGGCUCAAACUUAUGAGCAGCAUUUGCGCCAACUUCGGCAAGAAAGUGAGAAAUUUAAGCGUGAGAAUCGCAAGAGCUACGACUGCUCCACAUUGCCUCUUGAUAAUAAAAAACGAGAAAGCAAAAAGAUUGGUGAUAAUUUCACUGAUCUCGCGGCUACGCAAUAUGGAUUUAUGAGUAAUCGUGACAUGAAGAAUGCUGCUAAUCACGUAGCAUCGAAGCACAUGACGGACAUGACAAGCAGCUUCAAGGCAAAGACCGAAAAGUUUGUAAAAGAAAUCCAGUCCGAUCUGAAGCACCAGAGCAAGCCGAUUCUAAAACACCCGGCAGAAAAGCACCACCAGGAUCCGGAUCAGUCUCAAGCUUAUCGCGAAGAAAAACGGAUGUCCCAAUACGGCACCAAGCACAUUGAUCCGGACACAGGAUUGAUCUACUUCAAGUACGACUUCGGGUAUGAGUUUGGAAUCGUCCUUCCAGGAGAAUCCAAGAAGACUAUAGCCAGCAGCAAUAAAACGAUCCAAGGCCAGCGACGUCCAAGUGACAUCGAAGUUCCUAUUUCUCAUGAGUUCACCAAUAAUCGCCAGGAGAAUGGGUUCACUCACACUCGCACUCCCUGGCAGUCCAACAACAACAACAACAACAACAACAACAACAACAUCAACAAUAACAUCAACAACCAGCAGAAAAAAUUCUCUCCCUCGAAAUUUUCCACCGGAAAAACCGUAAAGUGGGAGCCAACAUCCGAGAGCGAAUUUUCGGAGGCAGAGGACUCGAUUCGUCGGAAAAAACGUGGAGUUAUGCCUCCACCUCCGAGUCUAUUGAUUCCUCAAAGUCCCAGCUCACCUAGAUGGGACCCAACAACGCCUUCGCCGAUGUCGCUCAGCCCUAGUCUUCCUAGUUUCUCACCCAGACACUCCAGCGCUACUACGGGGCCACCCAGCAACGUUGACUCCAUCGCAGAGUCGCCGUGGCCGAAUAGCAACGGGAACUCCGGGCAGAAAGAAAUUAUUCAGCCUUAUUUAGAUAUUUUGCCAAAGAAAGCUCCACUUUUUAUCACGCCACUGAGAGACAUUGCUGUGGUAAGCGGUCAGACAGCGAGAUUUGAGUGCAUCGUUCAAGCAGAACCGCAGCCGAAUAUUCUUUGGUCCAAAGACGGAAGGAUUGUCGAGAACUCUCAUAACUACGAGGUUUAUUACAGAAACGGAGUCUGUCGACUUGUAAUACCUUGUGCCUGUCCAUCUGACGCUGGCACGUAUGUCUGCACUGCAACAAACAGCCUCGGUUCAACAGCGACAUCAUCUUCACUCCAAGUCCCAGAAGUAUGCAUGAAUCAUCAGCGAAAUGCAGACUCAACUGAGACAUCAACAGAAGGUUCUAAAUAUGUCACUUUGAGUAAUAUUUUCACGUCAAUAGGAAACUCAUUAAAUAUUUUGAAAAAUUAUGAGGCAAAUUUUUUAAAAAUAGAAGAAACUCAAAACAAUAGAUUAAACGAUAAGGAUAAUUGUUAUGAAACUAAAAUCCAAGAUUCGUACGACCAAGAAGACAUUGAUAGUGAAGAUACAUCCCAAAGUAAUUACGACGAGAUAACAAGACGCUUAGAAGCAUACAGUGACGGAGAUUACAGUUAUCCAGAAUUUUAUUCGACUAAUAAAAUAACCUACGAGAGUUUCAGUAGUCCAGAAUUUUUUCGUCACUUUAAAACACCAGUUGGGUACGCAAACAGCUUCAAAAUGAAGCGACAAACGUCGCUUAAUCAGCAACAACAACAAAUGCAGCAACAAAUGCAGCAGCAACAAAUGUCGACAAUGCAACAGCAAUAUAGUCAGCACAGAAGUGAACGACAAAUUACAAGACAACAAAUUACAACUCAGCAAAGAGUGCAAGGAGAGUUAGUGAUGACAACUUCGCCGGCACCAGUAUUUACUGGAAGACCUGGAGACCCCUCGCCGCCGAUAUUCGAGCAGAUAUUUAAAAAUGCAAGGUUUGCACAAGGCGGUAAUGCUAUUUUUGAUGGAAGAGUUAGAGGAAAUCCUAAACCUGCUGUUUCUUGGACACACAAAGGAGCUCCUUUGAGGGAGUCACAGAAAAUUCGAAUGUCUUAUGAUGAAAAUACUGGAAACGUUACGCUGCAAAUAAAUCAAAUUGGGCCUGGUGAUGAAGGAGAAUAUACUUGCAAUGCACGAAAUCAAUAUGGUGAAGCUAUUUGCUCAGUCUACAUUCAACCUGAAGGUUUUGGGCCUCCACCAAAACAAGGCUACAAGGAUUAUCAACAACGCUAUUCUCAGACUAUCGACAAGCGUUACACCAACGGGUCAACAACAACCACGACAGUCACCACCGAAGAAUUCAAAGUCGACACAUUCGAGUACAGAUUAUUGCGUGAAACAGAAUUCCGUGAGUCUGUAACACGUCGUUAUGUUGGUGAAUCUGAUUCCCAAGUGUCAACGACAGUAGACCGUAGCCUUGGUCCUGUUGCGCCUCCACAAAUUAGCCAGAAACCGAGAAACUCAAAACUUACAACGUGGUUCAAAGACGGCCAAAGACUCCGCGAUUCCCAGCGUAUAGAAACAAUCCAUUCAAACCAACAAGCAACUCUGCGUAUCGUCGGAACAAACCAAAGCGACAGCGGACAUUACACCCUGCUGGCAGAAAACCCUCAAGGUUGCACAGUGUCAUCAGCUUACUUAGCGAUCGAGCAAACUGACCAAGUAGACCAUGCCCAGCCGCAGUACAUCCAGAGAGAAGCAAUUAAGACCGUUGAAACUAUUGAAACAACAACUCCAGAAGCUAACAAAGCCUUGCCACCGAAUUUCGUUCGCACUUGCGCUGACCGCGACGUUACCGAGGGAAAAAUGACCAGGUUUGAUUGUCGCGUCACUGGACGUCCUUACCCAGAAGUCACCUGGUACAUCAAUGGUUACCCAGUUGUCAAUGAUGCAACCCACAAAAUUCUUGUUAAUGAAAGCGGAGAUAACUCAUUGAUGAUCACCAACGUUACACGCGUUGACGCUGGUACUGUUACAUGUGUUGCUAAGAACAAGGCCGGUGAAACAUCGUUUCAGUGCAAUCUUAAUGUUAUUGAGAAGGAACAAGUUGUAGCACCGAAAUUCGUCGAAAGAUUCACCACGACUAAUGUUAAAGAAGGAGAGCCGGUGGUUUUUGCUGCUAGAGCUGUUGACGGAAGUGGAGCAUCAACGCUAGAUAUUCCUUAUGCAAAGUAUACAGAUGCAGCCUGGUACCAAUGCACUGCUCAGAAUGUUGCUGGAUCUACAGCAACUCGCGCCCGGCUCUUUGUUGAAACGCCAAAAGGAGCGACCCCUGAACCAAGACGCCUGAAUUUACCCCGACCGACUAAAGUCAUCGAACCAGAACCUGCGCCUGGUCCUGAAGUGAUUUAUUUGAGACACGUGGAACGUGCUAAACCCCACUUACCUCCCGCUGAGGAAGACAGGAUUUAUCCACCUCCGAGAAUUAUCGUUCCGCUACGAGAUGUUCACCAAAUCGAGGGUGGACGCAUACACUUCGAGGCCAGGAUCGAACCGGUGGGCGACCCUACUAUGAGGGUCGACUGGUAUGUCAAUGGAAGAGUUUUAGAAGCAAGUUCCCGAGCAAAUACACUCUUCCGUUUUGGUUUCAUUUCUAUGGACUUGAUCAGCGUGGUACUCCACGACAGCGGUGACUAUGUUUGCCGUGUUGUUAGCUCAACUGGAGUCGCUGAAUCUCGUGGUGUUCUCAGUGUUACACCACGUGCAACAAUUGAACAAACAAGUCAGCAUCCAGACAGUCUUCGAUACAUACAGCAGCUCGAAGAUUACUCAAAAUACCAAAGACAAGAGAGCAUUGAAGAUCAAUCAUCCCAACGACCGGUCUUUAUCCGUCCACUCCAGGAGCUCGGUGAACUUCAAGAGGGCCGUAAUGCUCAUUUUGAAGCUCAGCUUACUCCUGUCAGUGACCCCACUAUGAAAGUUGAGUGGUACAAAGAUGGAAGACCAAUUACAGCUAGUUCAAGAAUUACGACAAUCUUCAACUUCGGAUACGUCUCGCUAAAUAUAAUGCACCUACGGGCUGAAGAUGCCGGUUCUUAUACUGUCAGAGCUGUUAAUCGUAUGGGAGAAGCAAUAAGCACUGCGUCUCUUCGUGUCUUUGCACGCACCAGCGUAACCGCAGACCUUGGAAUUCCCGAGCAGCAAAAGUAUAUCGAGGCUGCUGAAGAACUGGAGGCAUAUCAACUAGCUAUGCACCAGAAGUAUGUUAGAGAAGAACCAGAACCAACGAGUCCACCGGAGUUUAAAACGCCGAUUAAAGAUCAGAUCAACAUUCGCGAAGGCGGUUCAAGAAUCACAACUUUCUUCAACUUCGGGUACGUCGCCCUAACAAUAAAAUACGUAACAAUCCACGACGUCGGAAUUUAUACCUGCCGUGCUUACAACAGCGUCGGCGAAGCCCAAACAAUGGCUCAAAUGAGCGUGAUAAGCAAGAACGACAUAAUCUACGACAGCCAACACCCUCAAGGUCUCCAAAAGAUCCAAAGUCUUGAAGACUCAAGCCGCUACCAGCGGCAAAUCUCCGAACAAACUCAAGUAACCCAAAAGCCGCGCUUUUUGGGCCCUUUAAAAGGCACCAACAAGAUAGUAGAAGGCCAGAGGGCGCACUUUGAAGCGCGAGUCGAGCCGCAAAGCGACUUAUCAAUGAUAAUCGAGUGGUACCACAACGGCAAGCCUAUCACCGCCGCAAAUAGAAUCCAGACUUACCACGACUUUGGCUACGUCGCUAUCGACAUUCUUCAGGUUCGUUCUGAAGAUGCAGGAACUUACACAGUAAUAGCUAGAAACGCUUUAGGAGAAGCUCGCCUCCAAGCGACGAUGAUUGUAGAGACCAGGUCGGGAAUUGACACCAGCAGCAUGCAUCGUGGCGCUUACGAGAAAACUCAGCGCUUGGAAGAGUCUCGGUUCGUGGAACCUCAGUAUCAUAUCGAAGAAAUUUCAAAAUCGAAGCCGAUUUUUGUUCAGCCUUUGAGCGACCCUAAGCCCGUUAGUGAGGGGAAGAAUAUUCAUCUGGAGUGUCGCUUGGAACCGAUGGGAGAUCCGACGAUGCGCGUCGAGUGGUUCCAAAAUGGCCGCCCGAUAACAAUUGGUUCCAGGUUCAGAACUUAUUACGACUUUGGUUUCGUCGCUUUGGACAUAGUUGGCACCACUGUUCUUGACUCGGGAGAGUUUACCGUCAGAGCUACCAACCAUCUUGGCUCCGCGCACACUUCUGCGUGCGUAAGAGUCAUCGGAAGGUCCGACGUGGUCACUGAGUCGCAAAAUGAGCAGUCUUUAGAACAGAUUCAAAUGCUAGAAGAUUCCUCUAAGUACAGAAGACACGUUCAAGAGGACGUUACAGUGGUCCAGGCGCCGCAAUUCACCAGAGCGCUCCGCAAUAUUGAGACUGUGGAACUGACCAAUGUCCAUCUGGAGUGUCGCUUACAACCUGUGGGAGAUCCUACUAUGAGAGUCGAGUGGUUUGUUAAUGGAAUGCCAGUUACUAUUGGCCAUCGCUUCAGACCUUCUUAUGAGUUUGAUUAUGUUGCUAUGGAAAUUCUCGGGGUAAAUCCUGAAGAUUCGGGGGUUUAUACUUGUCAAGCUAGGAACCAGCUCGGUGAAGCGGUCACCUCGGGGUCUGUUCGUGUGAGAGCUAAGAAAGAUCUUAUUUUGGAGUCUCAGCACCCGGAGGGACUGGAGAGGAUUCAGUAUCUUGAAGAUGCUUCGAGGUAUAAGAGGAAGGAACUUAUUGAUGAGGUUGUUAAUAUUAAACCCAAGUUUGUUACUUCUCCCAAAAAUCAAGAGGAGCUUCUUGAGGGAGAGUACGCUCAUUUUGAGUGCAAGCUGGAACCUGUGACUGACCCGAACUUGAAGGACACCGUUUCCGUCCCAUUCAUGAUUUCGGUUACGUUGCACUCCACGUAACAGAUGUAAUUCCCGAAGACUCUGGAACUUACACCUGUCGCGCAAUGAACCUCGUCGGCAGUGACGAAGUAAGCUGCGUUCUUAGCUGCCGUUCAACAGCCCAAGUUCUUACCGGCACCCAGAACGAGACCGGCCUUGAACAGAUUCAUUACCUAGAAGACCGAAACAAACAUAUUCGCCGUCGUGAAGUUAUGGAAGAAACAACAACCCAGGCGCCAAUCUUCACCACUUCUCUGAAGAGCGUCGAGAUAAAAGAAGGACAACGCGCGCACUUUGACUGUCGUUUGAUUCCCGUUUCUGAUUCUACCAUGAAAGUAGAGUGGUUCCACAACAACGUGCCAGUUAAAGCUGGCUCCAGAUUCGUUGAGACCAACAGUUUUGGCUUCGUCGCUCUGGACAUUAUGUAUGCUUACCCAGAAGAUGCUGGUACCUACACUUGUCGCGCGAAAAAUGCCAUAGGUGAAGCUAUGACUUCAGCAACUGCUGUUGUUCACACCAAAAAGUCAAUCUAUAUGGAGUCCCAGCGCGAAGAAGUUCUUCAGCGCUUACAUCAGCUUGAAGAUCAUUCAAGGUACCAGCGCAAACAGACUCAAGAAGAGACUGUGUCCCAGGCUCCAGUUUUUACUAUGCCAAUUAAAGAUCUUCGCGUUGCUGAGAAUCAAGCUGCUCAUUUUGAAGCUCGGGUUAUUCCUGUUGGAGAUGCUCGGCUUAAGAUUGAGUGGCUUCGUAAUGGUGUUCCUAUUGAAGCUUCAAAUCGCGUAACAACAAUGCACGACUUUGGCUACGUCGCGCUCAACAUGAAAUAUGUUAACCCAGAAGACUCAGGAACUUAUACCUGCAGAGCUAUCAAUGAUCUUGGUGAAGCAGUAACAUCAGCCACACUAUUUGUCCAAUCAAAAGCAGCUCUGCAACUAGAGUCACAACACGAGACAGCAUUGACAAAGAUCCAAGCAUUGGAAGAUUCGAGCAGAUAUCAGCGUCGCGAGGAAGAAGAAAUAUCUGUUAAAGAAAAGCCACGUUUCACUGUUAGGCUAAACGGUCCAACGAGUUUAGUUGAAGGGCAAAGCGCACACUAUGAGUGCCGCAUUGAGCCCUAUCCUGACGCUACCAUGAAAGUCGAGUGGUUCCAUAACGGACAACCACUUUCCACAGGACACAGAUACAGAACAACAUGUGACUUUGGAUUCGCGGCUUUAGACGUUUUGACUGUCUAUGCUGAAGAUUCAGGCACAUACACUUGCAAAGCCACCAAUAAACUUGGCUCGGCUCAGAGCUCCAUUGAGCUUUCUGUUAAAUCUCGAGCGUCUAUUAUUAACGAAACUCAGCACGAAAGUGCUCUGAAGAAGAUUCAGUACUUGGAAGACGACUCCAGGUUCAAGCGAAUUGAACGCGACGAGCCAUUCGUCGCAGAGAAACCCAAAUUCGGACGCCCGCUGAAGAAUAUUGAGCACUUGCCUGAGGGUAAGAGUGCGCAUUUGGAAGCGACCUUGACGCCAGUCAAUGAUCCUACCAUGGUUGUUGAAUGGUACAGAGAUGGAAAUCCGAUUCCUCAGGGCCAUAAAUUUAAGACCACUUAUGAUUUUGGCUUUGUUGCUUUGGAUAUUCUUUAUGCUUAUCCAGAAGACUCUGGUACUUAUAUGUGCAAGGCUAAGAAUGCUGUCGGGGAAGCUGUUACUACUUGUGUCAUCACUGUUGAUUCUAAACAAGGUUUGUACCUGGACACCUUGGACGCCCAGCGCCUCGAAAAGAUCCGCGCUCUAGAAACAGUAGAAAUAAAAGAAGUAGCAGAAAAAGAAGUAAUCUACCAAAAACCAGUUUUCUUAACCCCCUUAAGCAACCUGGACCACCUAAAAGAAACCGAGCACGCGCACUUAGAAUGCCGCGUGGAGCCAAUAAACGACCCGAACCUCAAGAUCGAGUGGUUCCACAACGGAAAGCCCGUAAAAACCGGUCACCGUUACCGAAUGACCCACGACUUUGGCUACGUCGCCUUCGACAUUCUCUACGCGUACCCCGAAGACUCAGGCACCUACAUGUGCAAAGCGACCAACCUCGCCGGAGAAGCAGUCAAUACUUGCACAAUCCGCGUAGGCUCCCGCCGCAGCAUUCUCUUCGACACCCAACACCCUGAUGGUCUCGAAAAGAUCCGUGAGCUGGAAGCUCAAGGCCACCCUGCCAGAUUAGAAGUCGAAGAGCCACCAGUCUUCCCGCCUCGAUUCGUCACAGAAUUACGUGGAACCACCGAGAUUUACGAAGGCCAAACCGCGCACUUCGAGUGCCAAGUAGAACCUUUGCACGACGCGAACCUUAGAAUAGAAUUCUACCACAAUGGCAAACCCCUACCAUCAGCUUCUCGCUUCCACGUGACCUUCGACUUCGGGUACGUCGCCCUGGACAUCACCCACGGAGUCCCUGAAGACGCAGGCGAGUACUCCGUCAAAGCAAUCAACGCUCUAGGCCAAUGCACAUCAACCAUCAGCUUGAAAGUGAUUCCUCGCGAUAAUAUCAUCAUGGAUCCUCAGCGUCCGGAAGGUCUGGACAAAAUCCGCGAGCUAGAAUCCGCUCAGCCUUGGAAGCGACCUGAAGUUUCCGAACCAGUGACUCGCCAGCGCCCGGUCUUCACUCAACCACUCCAAAACAUUGAUGCGCUACCUGAAGGAGAGACAGCUCACUUUGAAUGCCGCUUGAUUCCCGUCGGCGACCCGACUUUGAAGGUAGAAUGGUUCAGAAAUGAAAAACCUCUUGGAGACAGCUCAAGAAUCACCAAGGUCCACGAUUUCGGCUACGUCUCUCUGGACAUCAAGCACGUCCGCGAGGAAGACGAAGGUGUUUACAUGUGUCGCGCUUCUAACCCACUCGGCGAAGCAGUCACCACUGCUUCAAUGAAGGUCAGAACCAAAGCAAGCAUCCAAUUGGAGAGUCAGCACCCAGAAGCUCAAAAGAGAAUCGCUCAGUUGGAAGCCGGCAAACCUGGACGCGCUGAUGAGCCAGAGAAAGUCUUCGACAAACCAAUCUUCACCCAACUUCUAACUGGACCCAAUGAACUCUGGGAAGGCCAGGUUGCUCGUUACGAGUGCCGAGUUGUGCCGGUAGGCGACGCUAGUUUGAAAUUCGAGUGGUAUGUUAAUGGCGUGGAACUUAAAAUGGGAUCUCGCUACCACGUCAGUCAUGAUUUCGGCUUUGUUACUUUGGAUAUCUUGAAAGUAAUCGCGGAAGAUUCGGGAGUGUACUCUUGCAAAGCGAUUAACAAAGCUGGAGAAGCGGUGUCUUCUAUUUCUCUGAAGGUUAAAGCGCGCUCGGCGAUUGAGCAAGACGCUAUUCAUACAGACGCUUGGCAGAAGAUUCAGUUGAAAGAAGCUGAGAUGAACAAAGUUCCUGAAAUGUUCGUUGAUACUACACCUCAGCAAGCGCCGGUGUUCACCACACACCUAAAGAGCUACGAUAAGCUCCAAGAAGGCCAGCAUGUUUACCUAGAAGCCCAAGUUGAGCCGCGAGCUGAUCCAAAUCUGCGAACUGAGUGGUUCAAGAAUGGAGUCUCUCUUCAAACUGGAACCAGGUUACGCAGUACUUUUGAUUUUGGACUAGUGACCUUGUCAAUUAAUGGUCUAAGAGCUGAUGAUUCUGCUCUGUACACCUGCCGAGCUACGAACCUUCUUGGAGAAGCUGUGUCAACUUGCAGUCUUAAAAUCGACGACCGUCAUUGGCUUCUAGGAGACACUCUCCACCCGGAUGCUCUGUCGAAAAUCGAUGCGCUUGAGCAGCCUCUUGCUCCAACUCCAGAGCAGCCUGAACCUACUUAUGAAGAACCGGUGUUCAUUACUCACUUGAAUAAUGUAGAGUGCACUGAAGGCGACAACGUCCACUUUGAGUGUAACGUGGAACCUUCCAAAGACCCAACGAUGCAAAUCGAGUGGUUCAUUAACGGCAAGCCUCUUCCAACUGGCGCCAGGUACAAGACUAUCUACGACUUCGGAUUCGUCGCCAUGGACAUGGUCCACGCUUAUGAAGAAGACUCAGGGAUGGUCACUGUAAAAGCUACCAAUUCUAAAGGAUCAGCGCAGACUACUGGAACGUUGAAGUGCACCAGUAAGCAGAGUAUUUACCUCCAAACUCAGCACCCUCAGGGCCCAGCAGGUCUUGAGAAGGUCCAGGAGGUGGACGAAGCCUUCCAAUCAAGGUCCAGGAGACCCGAAGACGCUCCUGAGCCUCAGUACCCAAAACCUGUUUGGACGGUACCGCUCCAGGCAGAAUUCAAGCUUGGAGAAGCUGAGCCGCUUCAUCUAGAAGGCCAAGUCGAGCCUAAAGACGACCCUAACUUGAAGAUCGAGUGGUACUUUAAUGGAAAAGCCCUGGAACAUGGUUCUAGAUUCAAGAUGACCAGCGAUUUUGGGUUUGUUACUCUGGAUUUAACUGAUGUGUAUGAUAGAGACUCUGGAAUUUAUACCUGCAAGGCUUACAACAAAGCUGGAGAAGCUUUCACGGCGACAACUGUGUACUGCUCAACGAAGGAGAACAUAAUUGAACGCUCUCAGCAUCCCAAAGGCAAGGAGGGGCUAGAAGCGAUCCAAGAUCUUGAAGAGUCAUUGAAGAGACCUGAUGGCAAGCCUAUGGAACCUGAAGAAGGACAUCCUCCGGUGUUUACUUCCCAGUUUGAGAACUUGGUGAACCUUUCUGAGGGUGAAAUCGCCCACUUUGAAGCUUCCUUGACCCCCACAGGCGACCAGACGAUGGUAGUCGAGUGGCUCUACAACGGAAAAUCUCUUGAAGCCAGCCACAGGAUCAGAACAGUUUAUGCUUUUGGAAUGGUGGUUCUUGAAGUUCUGGGAACCAAGAUUGAAGACUCAGGAACUUACUCCUGCAGAGCGACGAACAAGUGGGGCAAAGCUGAGAUUUCUGUGACCCUGGAGUGCGUUGACAAGUCCAAAGGACAGAAGCCUAAGUUCACAACUCACAUUCAGUCCUUGGAGGGACUUAAAGACGGACAAUCGGUUCACUUUGAGUGCACUUUGAUUCCUGUUGGAGAUCCUAACAUGAAGGUCGAGUGGUUCCACAACGGAAAGCCGCUGAGACACUCAUCGCGCUUCAAAAUGGUCUCUGAUUUCGGGUUCGUGGUGAUGGACAUCGCUGGAGUCAUGUCUCAUGACAGCGGAGAGUAUGUUUGCAAAGCGAGUAAUAAAUUCGGGGAAGAUUUCACCAAAGCUACCAUCAAAUGCUUCGGAAAGAGCGGAGUCUAUUUAGACUCUUUGCAGCCUGAUUCUUUGGCAAGAAUCCGAGAACUUGAAGCUUAUGGCGGCGAACAGCACGCUGUUCCAUCAACACCUGUUGCGGAACCGCCUAAAUUCAUCACUCAGAUAACAGACAUCACCAAACUUGUAGAAGGCCAGUCGGCUCACUUUGAAGCAAGGUUGACUCCAGUUACUGACCCGGAUCUUAAGGUUGAGUGGUAUUACAACGGAAAGAAGCUUCCUCAUGGUCAUCGUUACAGAACUUUCCACGACUUUGGCAUAGUUAUUCUUGAUAUUCUGUACUGCUAUGAAGAAAACUCUGGAGUUUAUGAGUGCCGCGCUGUUAAUAAGUACGGAGAAGACUCCACUAAGGCCACUCUUAAGUGCAUGUCUAAAGCCAGUCUCAUCUUGGAGUCCCAAUUGCCAAAAGGAAUGGAGAAGGGCCUUGAAAAGAUUCAAACUUUGGAAGAUUCUAUGAUCAGAACCAAAGAUGAGAAGGUUACAGAAGAACGCGGCAAGGCUCCGAUGUUCACUGUGCCUCUGAGCAACAUCGACGGACUUCGUGAAGGUGAGAGUGCCCACUUUGAAGCCCGCUUGACUCCCACGGACGACCCUAAGCUGAAGGUAGAGUGGUUCUGGAACGGCAAGCCUUUAAGAACUGGCUCACGCUUCAGAACUUUCUGCGAUUUUGGGUUUGUGAUUCUAGAAAUCUCUCCAAUCUAUCCAGAAGAUUCAGGAGAGUACAGCUGCCGUGCUUCCAAUGAUUAUGGUGAGGCAGUAACUAGCUGCACUAUGAAGUGUACCGGAAAGCGAAGCAUCAUUCUGGAAUCUCAACUGCCCAAAGGAAUGGAGAGCACCAUUGAUAAAAUCGCAGAACUAGAAGGUCUAGGUGGAGAACCGGGUCAGAUAAUUCCUGAUGAUGAUACUGGCCGUCCUCCUGAAUUUAUCACAACUCCAUCAGACUUGACACUAAGUGAAAACUCUCUGGCUCACUUCGAGUGCCGGCUGUUACCAGUUAACGACUCCAGUAUGAGAGUAGAGUGGUUCCACAAUGGCAAAGCUCUAAACGCUGGUUCUCGUCUCAAGACAAUUCACGACUUUGGGUUUGUUAUUCUAGAAAUAGCCAAUUGUUACCAACGUGACUCGGGUCUGUACACCUGCAAAGCAACCAAUAGGCACGGAGAAGCUACAGUGUCUUGCAAGUUCCAGGUUCGUGGUCGCCAGGGUAUUGUCCUGGAGCCGCAAUUGCCGACUAACUUCAAAUCUGGAACGGAGAGCAUCCAGAGGCUUGAAGAAGCUUUGUAUAAAAAGGACGAGAUUCUUGCAGAAGAAGAGCAACCAAAUCCUCCUAAAUUUACAGUGGAGUUGAAGGAUAUUGAAGUUGAGGAGGCUGCGGCAAGUCACUUUGACUGCCGAGUGGAACCUAGAGGAGACUCUUCCAUGCGAAUUGAUUGGUUCCACAAUGGUAGGCCCUUCGCAACGGGUUCUCGUGUGCAUAUGAUCAAUGAUUUUGGAUUCAUUUCGCUGGAUAUGUCUUACACUUAUGCGAGAGACAGUGGGGAGUAUGUUUGCCGCGCUACUAAUAAGUGGGGGUCUGCUACGACCAAGGCAACCAUAAUCUGUAAGUCUAAGAAAGCGGUUGAUACUGAUUCACAAUUGCCGUCAGGAAUGAGUGGGGAAAAAUUGAAGGAAUUGGAACGCGGACCUGUUAGUGAGCCGGCUCCUGUUGAAGAAAUUCCAAGAAUUCCGCCCAAGUUUAUCACUCAGAUCCAGUCUGCGACUGUUGAAGAAUCUGAACCGGUGAGGUUCGAAUGUCGCGUUGAGCCGAAGGAAGAUCCAACGCUGAGGAUCGAGUGGUGGAGAAACGGAAAACUAAUCCCGGCUGGGCACAGAUAUCGCGCUGUUUAUGACAUGGGAUUUGUUUCCAUGGAUAUUCUGUAUGUUUACCCGGAAGAUUCGGGAGAAUAUGUCUGUCGGGCGGUUAAUAAUUAUGGAGAAGAUUCUACUAAAGCCUCGGUUUCUUGCAAGACUCUCCCUAGUAUUAUUCUGCAGAAUCAAGUACCUAAGGGCAUGAAGAGAUCGGAAGCUUUGAUGCAAAUGGAAGCUACUAUUAAGAAAUACACCUCGGAAGUUCAUCUGACUGAAGAUGAUCUGUAUGAUGCUGAGAAAAGGCAACCCCCGAGGUUUGUUACACAGAUACAGAACCAGACAGAGUUGGUUGAGAUGAAUAGUACUAAGUUUGAGUGCCAAUUGGCGCCUGUGGGAGAUCGAUCGCGCUGAUUCAAAGAACGCUAUCGCUCGAUUUAAUAAACCUUCAUACUGAU